CUGCCGAGCCAGUGCCUGGGAGAGCCCGAGUCCGGCGCCAGAUUCACCGCGACACCGAGACACUCGACGAGCUGCAGGUGCCAUGUCCGAUUCACCCAGGGACACCCGUCAGGUCCCACACAGCAGCAAGGCAUGUCGCCGCCUCUUUGGCCCUGUGGACAGCGAACAGCUACGCCGGGACUAUGAUGCACUCAUGUCCAGCCAUCUCCAGGAGGCCCGUAACCGUUGGAACUUCGACUUUGUCACCGAGACACCACUAGAGGGCAACUUUGCCUGGGAGCCUGUGCGGGGCCUGGGCCUGCCCAAGCUGUACCUGACCCCAGGGUCCCGGGGAAGCAGGGAUGACUUGGGAGGAGGCAAGCGGCCGGGCACCUCCACUGCCUUGCUGCAGGGGACAGCACAGGAGGACCAUGUGGACCUGUCGCUGUCCUGCACCCUUGUGCCUCGCUCCCCUGAGCGGCCUGAGGAGUCUCCAGCUGGGCCAGGAACCUCUCAGGGCCGAAAGCGGAGGCAGACCAGCAUGACAGAUUUCUACCACUCCAAACGCCGGCUGGUCUUCUCCAAGAGGAAGCCCUGACGGCUUCGCUUCUGCUGACGUGGGUCCACAGCCCCUUCCACGUCUUCUGCCUCCUGCUUCACUUUGUGCGUCUUAAUUAUUAUUUGUGUUUUAAUUUAAACUCCUCCUUGUGUACAUACCCUGCCUGCCCCCCUCUCACCAGCCUCUGGCAUUAGUGUUAUUUAAAAACAAUUAGGCAGUAGGAUGGUAGACUCAUCAGAGUGCUGGGUAUUUUUAUUAUAUAAAGUAUUUAAAACCUUCUCAGCCUAGGCUGUUUGUUUCCUCUUUCCUGGAAGGAAGGUGGGGCUGGCUUCAUGCCAGUGUCCUCCUCUUCUUCAUCUAGCCUCACCUCUGGCUGGGCCUCCCUGGAGGGGCCAGCCUCCCUCCCUGUACAUCCCUACAUUCUCAGACCUGAAUUCCUUAGAAUUUGAGAAGUAAAUUGAUAGCACUUUGAAGGGAACCAGCUGAGUGGGGCCAUUGUCAAAAACUGUGGAGUCCCCCAAUGUCCUCUAUGGUUGGGCAGAGUGACCAUGAAGUAGGCACAGCCUGGACAGGGCUGGGGAUUUGGCACCAUUCUGGCCCUUGAUACCCACUCCUGUGAAAGCAGGGGGCGGGCGGGACUUGUAGCAACCCACCCCCACCCCAGGCCCCCUGUGCCACUUCCUGGGGAGCUCACCUCAAGGUUUCAUCUUCUCCCUUGUUGGUUUCCCCUCUACUUUUCUGGGGGCCCCAGCUGCCCCUCUUUCCCAGCUGGCUCUCAAGGCCCCUCUGCUGCUCUCCCCUCCCCCACAUCCUUCCCCUUCAGGAUCCUCUCAGCUGUGGGUGGCAGCUCUGGGCACCUGUCCCCCUCCCAACUCAAUGGACUGGAAAGGAAGGGGCACACAGGAAGAAGGGCUCCCUAGUUCUACCUCAGGCAGCUCAAGCAGUGACCCGCCACCUCCUCUUUUAGCUCUGGGGUGUGGGUCCUGAGUGGUGGGACAGGCUCCCCUGAGUGGGGUCACUCCAUGUUCCAGGUGUUUUGGGGAAGUGGGUUUUCCAGAACAGAGACCCCAGCCUCUGGAAGUCAUCCAGUGACCUUUCCCCUCUGCCUGUCCCUCCCCAUUUCAUUGCACUUUGAGUAGCAGCUGAACAAGGAGUCAGGCCAAGAUGGAGGGAGUAGAGGCCAUGGAGUGGCGUGCUAAGUGGGCUAAUGGGAGACUGGGUGGUGGGUGGCUGUCUUUCCCAGCACUGAGCACUGAGCCCUUGGAAGCACAAAAGCACUUAGUGGGUCUGCCCAAACACCCUCCAGUUCCUGUAACAUCCUGGCCUGGACCACGCCCUGUACUGCUCUGUGUCCUCCAUAGUCCCUCCCACGGUGCUGGGUACACAGCAGGUGCUCAAUAAAUAUUUCUUGA